AUGGGCUGUUUUUUUUUUGGGGGGGGGGCACAGUACAGCAUCCGGAUCGGACCGUGAUGGUACAGGAUGUGUGUGCUUAACUCCAUUGAACUAAACUAAAUAGGAGAGAGAGCCUUUAAUGCCGACAAUAAGCCGCUUCAUUCAGCAGCGCGGCCCAGACGCACAGCUCUGCGGAGUAGAAAUUACGCACGGAGGGGCUGUUCUGUGGCAGCAGUUCAGAUAUUGAAAUCAGUUCAAUAAAUCGGCGGAAUGUCCUUUUAAUAAAAUAUUUCUCUUAAUCCGUCUCGAAUCAACUGACAAAACACCCUCCUUCAGCUCAUGAUAACAUGAGAUAAUUUGUCCCCAGGCUGAAUGUGCGUAAAACUAUCUUAAACAGGAAACUCUCUCUCCCUCUCUCUCCCCCUCUCUCUCCCUCUCCCUCUCUGAGUGUGUGUAUGUGUGUGUGUGAGAGGAAUACCCAGCUGGUCCCACAAGCCCUAUAAUACCAAGCACAACAUGCUUUACCUUCAAUGAAAGCUGAGACGGGGGGACGGUUGACUGCUGGUCCUGAAAUCAGCGCAGAGCUCGGAUACAAAACCAGGAGCGACGCUGUUUUAGCAGCUUAGUUCUGUCGCAUCUGCUCCAGUACACCUUCUGCUGUGCGCGAGAACUUUUAUCAUUUACUGACUGUAGCACGUGUAGACCUGCAACUUAUCAAAAGCAGAGAGACAACUUGGAUAACGCUCUUGUGUUUUUUCCUGGCCACCUUCUUCUCUGGCUGUGACUGGUGUCAAAGGUGAUGCUAUCAUUUUCUAACAGAGGACUCCUCCUCAGGUGAUGGUAUGUCUUUUUGGAGAUAGGGAACACUUUUGGAAACGUGCUAGGUUUUUCACGACUACUAUUUUUCCUGCUUCUUCCUUCGCUUUGGCUCAAGCAUGGCUCUCUACUCUCGGUUUGUGGUCGUACUGCUUUACGGAUGGAGUUAUCUGUGCGUUGGAUACUGCGCGAUGCUGAAAACAGACAAUUUCCCCGAGAGACGAAAGGUGGAUUUUACGCAUUCGGUGGAUAAAAAGCACCCCGCGAAAGACGACCAGGAUCUCCUUUUACAGGAUACAAUGACGGAACACAUGCAGAUGCUUUACGCGAAGUACAACCGGGCUGGAUUUCCCUUCAAGGACGGCAACACUGUCCGCAGUUUCAAAGCGCACUGGGGUAUAAUCAACAAGAAGCAGCUGCAGAUUUUCAACCUCACGUCCCUCACCAAGUCAGAGGACGUUCUGUCAGCCACUCUUCACUAUUACAUCGGAGACCUUCAGAACAACACCCAGGGCUGCUCCAGGGCCAAAAGCUGUGGCCGCCACGGCCCCCGGAGGCACAGCCACAUCCACAUGGUCAUCUGGAGUUUUGCCUCUGUGGAUAACAAGAUGAGGACUCUGGGACACUUUCGGAUCAAUGUGUCCACCCUCUACAGGGACUUCAUAUCUUGGCAGUGGAAGGACAUAACUCGUGUGGUCAACCAGGCCAAAAACCACGACGAGCUGCUUAUUGGGAUCGAUGUGGCCUCACAAGGGCCCCAGCCGUGGAAGAGGCUCCUGUCGGACCGCUCACCCUACAUCCUGGUCUACGCCAAUGACUCUGCCAUUUCAGAACCUGAAAGUGUGGUGGCCACCCUCCAGAGACACCACCCGGUGGGAGGGGAGGGCUCCGUUUCACACAGCUUCCAUAAACUGGGACUGCGUGAGCGAAACGACACUGAACAAGAACAGUCGAAGCCCAGACACAAGCGCUCGGUAAACGUUCUGCUCCCGUUGCAAAACAAUGAACUUCCCGGGCCCGAGUAUCCGUACGAGACGACCGGGUGGGAUGAGACGAGCCCAUACGAGCCUUUUGAAAACAAGCAGGCCCGUCGGCCGCGUAAAAAGACACGCAAGAACCAGCGGCACAAGAUGCCCCUGCUGCAGUUCGACGAGCAGACGAUCAAAAAGGCGCGGAAGAAGCAGUGGAACGAGCCCCGGAACUGCGCUCGGAGAUACCUGAAAGUGGACUUUGCUGACAUUGGAUGGAGUGAAUGGAUUAUAUCACCUAAGUCGUUUGAUGCCUACUACUGCUCCGGGUCCUGCCAGUUCCCCAUGCCAAAGGCUCUGAAGCCCUCUAACCAUGCCACCAUCCAGAGCAUAGUGCGGGCAGUGGGCGUCGUCCCAGGCAUCCCCGAGCCGUGCUGUGUCCCCGAGAAGAUGUCUUCCCUCAGCAUCCUCUUCUUUGAUGAGGACAAGAACGUGGUGCUGAAAGUCUACCCCAACAUGACUGUAGAUUCUUGCGCCUGUAGAUAGUUUUUUUUUUCUUCAACGCCUGUUCACAUAAAACUCAUGUCAUACAGAAAAGAAAAAAAAAAAUCAACACAUACAGCCAAAACGACACUCUCUCCUCCUGUUUCUUUAGUCAUACGCUCAUUCACUUACAAACACCCACUGAACACAACUUCCCUUUUGCACUGGAGGAGAGUACUUCCUGUUGUUCCAGGUGAAGAGGAGACUGGUCUGUUCAUGGGAAGGAAUGGAUCGUGUGAGUUAUCUUCGCGGAAGAUAACUGGAAUGGAAAGUCAAAUCUCCAUGCUCCAAUUUCACCACCAGCACCACUGUUUAUGUCUUUAUCAUCGCUGCACAGUUAUCCAUUGGGCGAUAGCAGGGUGAAUGCAAUCAUAAACUCACUAUCAAGAUAUUCAAACACUAACUGAGGCAUAAGAGAGACAAAAACUGAAGGAAAAAUCACUUUUCAGGAAAAAUGACCUCAGUUUGAACUGAUGCCUCUGAGGGGGGUCAUUCUCAUCUUUCACCCCUUCAUAGCUUGAAGUUGUCUUUGGUCGUUACCACAAAGUCAGACUCGCACUUGCAUGGUUUUUGUUACUAUGUGUAUGUAUUUAUGUCUGUACUAUCACUGUGUUAUUCACUAUAUGAGAAGUUAUUGUAUAAUUAUUGGCUUGGCUGCUAUAGAGAGAUAUAUUAGAUUCCAAAGCCAGAAUUGUGAUGUAGACCAUACAUAUUUGUGUGUAGAUCACUGCUCCAUCGUUGUACAGAACCCACACUUUAAGAGUUUAUUAUAUGUGGAAGAGUAAGCUACUUUACAUUUGUGGUCUUCAUUAACAUUGGGAAUGGGGAGUUUUUGAGGAGACCUAUUAUACCAUUGCUUUGCCAAGAACAUGUUCAAGCUUUACAAGUAAACUUAAGAUUUAAUUUUGAAAGAUAAAGGGAUAAAGCAUAUCAAAAGGAGAAACUACUACAUUAAACAAGGGCUGAACCAUGUGUUUAUUACAAGUGUAAAACCACAGGGCUCAAAAAGCCACUUGAUGCUUGUGUGGAAUUUUGAAACCUUUGUUGGACCUGAUAAGUUCAGAAAGAAAUCAAAUAAGUCGUGGGACUUGGCAGGCAUCAAGGAUUAAUACUAGUGGUUUCAAUGAGCCUGAUAUCAGGCUGAACUUAUUUGUUUUUGGCAUUGUUAAAGUUCAGAACAUGUUGCCAGAUUGUCGUAUUUACAGCAUAGAAUGACAUUUAUGAAGAAAAACUAUUAGCAACUGCCAGAAUGCUUCUAGAAAUCUGUUUUUAUCAACUAAGAUAUCAAAAAAGUCAGUAUCAAGUCAAUGUACACUGCUGGUCUGGAAUCAGUUUUGCUUUACAUAUCCUUAAGGCUCAUCAUUUUUGUUUUUUAACAAUGAGCUGUGCAUUUUGUGCCAGAGUUCCUCAAAGUAAUUAAAAAUAGGGAUUUUAAAAGCCGUUUUCACCCAGAUUUUUUCAUCUGAUUUUCAAAUUCCCUUUUUUUAUUUUUAUAAAACCCAAAAAUGAUGAGCAAUACAUAUAAUAUAUUGAAUGAUGAGGGAGAGCUGAUCUGUUUUCCUGGGUCGCAUAAGCCUUUAAUAUUACUGUAUAGAGUAGAUUUUACAUAAAUCAUUAGCGGGUGUGUUAUUUGAUCACAUGUACUUUGUCAGGUCAGCAUUGAACAACCGGCACACCUGGAAGAGCAGUUAACAUGUCAUAAUGUUGCUUUGGGUUGUGCAUUAUUGUCAGAGUUCAUAAAACCAAAUAUUUAUUUAGAGCAAAUAGACUGAAAUAUAGCAGCAACGUUUUUUCUAUAGACUUGUACAUUGUUUUUGUAUAUAGCUCACUAUAUGUUGAUGAUAUUCUAAUGUCUCUUUGAGAUAGAAGUGCCUUUGAAUGGGUGGAUUUCUGCUUUUCAAAAACUUUGAUUUGAUUCAUCGCCUGUUCAGAGGGGCUCGGUCAUUCAGAGAACUGUGCUCAGUUUGCAAUGAAGCUGAAGUCAAAGCAAGACGCUGAGAAUAGUUUUUUAUGGUACAAAAUAGUCUACAAUGAGUGAACAUAGUGCAUAUUCUUUUGAUAAGUAUGAUCGUCAGUGGAAUUUAUUCUAAAUUGUAUUUCAAAUAAUUCACUAUUUUGAUAUUUCAGAGACAUUUAUUUUGUGUCAAUAGCUAAGGGCAGAUUUGUUAACUUUAUAUAUUUUGUACUGACACUUUUUCCAGUUUGUGCUUCCUCAUCUUGUGCCAAUGCAGAUUUUAGCAAUGCAUGCUGUAGAAUGGAGUGGCUCCCUCUGGUUGAGCCAGUACAACAUUGCAGACUGAUGACGGGUCAUUUUUCAGGCCUUCGCUUUUGCUGCAUUUGAGACUCAACCCAUUUCUAAACUUUGCUAAUGUCUUUUGGAGUGCAAGUAUCAAAUAUACAGUACAGUAUAUCAGCAGUUUAUAAGAGAUUACUCUACUUCACUGUUCAAUCCUAUCUUGUAAAUGUUAUGCUGUAGGUAAAAAAGAAAUGCUUGUACAAUAAGCUUCAUAAAAUAUAUUUGUAUAUGGAAAUGACCUUUAACAUGCAUCUAUUUAUUUUCUGUAUCUUGCAUAUCUUGUAGAGGUAUGGUCUGGGAAAGGGGGAACAAAGCUCUGACAUGUCGAUGGUCUUUAUAUCUGUGAUGGACAUUUGUCACUACUGAUGUGAAAGUGUGGUGAAUUGUUUAAAGGUCUCCCCCCUCUGAGCUCUGACCAUCCUUACAAAGCAUUCAAAGAAAUGAAUAAAAAGUAUGCAAGA